AUGUCAAAUAGUGUUGAGAUUUCAUCAGAAGAAUCACAGAAAUGGAAUGAAGAAGAAAAUAUCGAGGAGGAUGGUGUCUCUGACGAGAAUGUCAAUGACACUCCAAAAGAUAAAAAAAUGAAAGGUGCAAUGGCAUCUUUAAUGAAACAAAUGGUUUCUAGUAAACAACCAUUCUAUAAAAUGAGUUUACCUAUUUGCUUUUCUGAACCAAGAUCUUUACUCGAGAAAUUCACUGAUAUGGGUAAAUACUUUGAAUUAUUUAUAAAUGCAUCACAACAAGAAACAGAGGAAGCAAGAUUUUUAGAGAUUUUGAAAUUUUAUCUAUCAAGUUGGUUGGUACAACAAGAUGUAAGAAAUCCAUUCAAUCCAGUGAUUGGAGAGGUAUUUUCAUGUCAUAUGGAGCACAAAGAUGGAUCGACCACACACUAUCACAGUGAGCAGAUUUCACAUCAUCCACCAUCAUCGGCAUUCUGUUACACCAACAAAAAGAACAAUGCAAUCUUUCACUCCUAUCUUCAACCAACUUCAAAAUUCUGGGGUAAUUCAUUUGAAAGUUGUAUGGAUGGAAAAUUAAUAUUUGAACUACCAAAGUAUUCCGAAGAAUAUUUGGUUGAUGUACCAAAGAUUGCUGUUAAGGGUGUCGUACUUGGAACAUUGACAACCGAAGUUUCAGGAUCGACUGUCCUCACCUGCAAGAAAACAAACCAUACAGCAGAGAUUGAAUUCAAAGGCAAAGGUCUAUUUAAAAACAAAAAUUUCAUGAUUGCAAAGGUCAGACAUCCAUCCAGUAAGAAAUCACUCUAUACAUUAGAAGCCGAUUGGGAUGGUAAAAUUAAUAUUUUAAAUUCAAAAACAAAUAAAACAACAACGUUCUUUGAUAUCAAUAGUUUUAAGACAUUGGAUAUGGUGGUACCACCAGUUGCAGAGCAACCAGAGAACUUUUCACGUAGAGUGUGGGGUGCAGUCAUAAAGAAUAUCAAUGCCGACAACGAAGAGGAAGCACAAGCACAGAAACACUUGGUAGAGGAAGCACAACGUACUCAAGCAAAGGAGAGAAUCGAACAAAACAACCUCGAUUGGACACCAAAACACUUUAUAAAAUCAGACAACACCUAUAUUCAUUCACAACUUUCAAAUUUUAAAAAUAGAAAUUUCAUAACAUCAAAUUUCUUCAAAUUAUUGAAAAACACAAUUCACAACAUCAGAAUGUACACUUCAAGUCUCCUUAGAAAUGUCAACAAGACUGUUGCUACCUUCAACUCAAUUAGAGGAUUUGCUUCAAAGUCAGGUGAAAUUAAAGUAAAGUUCCCAAGAAAGUAUGAAACUUAUCUUUGUGAUGGUCCAGCAAAUGAAUGCACCACCACCAAAGAAGAGUUGAUCACUCAUUUCACUGAUAUGACUAGAAUGAGAAGAAUUGAAAUGGUUGCCGAUUCUCUCUACAAAAAGAAAUUGAUCAGAGGUUUCUGUCAUCUUUACAAUGGACAAGAAGCUGUUUGUACAGGUAUGGAAGCAGCAAUUACAAAGAACGAUCAUGUAAUUACAGCAUAUAGAGAUCACACAUUUAUGUUGGCUCGUGGAGCUACACCAGAGUCAGUUUUGGCAGAGUUGUUGAUGAAGUCCACCGGUUGCUCAAAGGGUAAGGGUGGAAGUAUGCAUAUGUUCACUCACAAUUUCUAUGGUGGUAACGGUAUUGUCGGUGCCCAAUGUCCAGUUGGUGCUGGUAUUGCCUUCACCCAAAAGUAUAAUAACACCGGUAACAUCUGUCUCACCUACUACGGUGACGGUGCCGCCAACCAAGGUCAACUUUUCGAGGCUUUCAACAUGGCCAAGCUCUGGGACUUGCCAUGUGUCUUUAUCUGUGAGAACAACAAGUUUGGUAUGGGUACUUCACAGGCACGUGCCGCCGCCGGUAGCGACUUUUACUCGCGUGCUCAUUUCAUCGCCGGUAUGAAGGUCGACGGUAUGAACGUAUUGGCCGUCAAGCAAGCCGGUAAGUUUGUCGCCGAUUGGUGCCGUUCUGGAAAGGGUCCAUUCGUUUUGGAGAUGGAUACCUACCGUUACGUCGGUCACUCCAUGUCCGAUCCAGGUACCUCCUACCGUACUCGUGACGAAGUCAACGAAGUCCGUUCGAUUCGUGACCCAAUCGAGUAUGUCCGUGGUUUGUUGUUGGAGCACAAGCUCGCCACCGAGGAUGAUCUCACCGCCAUCGAAGAGGCUGCCCGUGAAGAGAUGGACAAGGCCGCCGAGUUUGCCAUCAACUCACCAAUGCCAGAUAUGCGUGAACUUUACACCAACGUCUACAAGGAGGAAGUACCAAUCAGAGCUGUUGAACUCGACCAAAGCUUUAGACCAUAA